CUUUUCUUGACUUCGAAAUUUUAAUACGCUUUAUUUCUUUAAUUGUUAAUGUUAUUGUAGAAUUGAAUUGUUUUGCAUUUCAGUUCAACGAUCGUAAUUAUGGGCAGAUUACCGAAGAAUGGAAUCCGUAAAUCAUUUCAUUUAGAUGCUAAUAUUCUCAAAACUAGACAUCGCCAUGCUGAUACUAAAUAUCGCUCUAAUGUGCAGUACUUAUAUUCAAAAUUGAAAGAAAUGUCUCAAAAUAGAGCGACAAAGGACAGUUUAUUAAGUGUCUCUUUAUUACGUAUCCAGUCUUUAGAAGAUGAAAUUAUUGAAAAAGUUGGUUCUGAUGAAAUGAAAAGUUACCAAGAUGAUUUUGUAAAUUUUCUUCUUCAUGAAGAAGCAUUAUGGAAAAUAAAAGACACAGUGAAAUGGUGGAGAAAAGUGGAGGAAACUCUAAAUUCACGAGAUUUUAUGGAUAGUAAAAAAGCAGAUUUUUCAAGUUCUAAUUGGUCCAAAAGUUUGAAUUUGCAACAGAAAAACUUUACUUCAAUUAUAGAGUGUCCUCAAAUAUCUUCUUGUUGUGAUCCAAGAAUGAUAACAUGUAUUCCAACAUCAGAAACUUUUGGUGGAUUUCCUGCUAGAUCUAAUAAAAGUAAGAAUAAAUUGUUGCCAUAUCCAUCUGAGAAUAGUGGCAUGCUUCCAUCUUUCACCAGGUUCAAUGACAAUGAAUUUAAUCCAUGUGAAGAAGGGUCUGAUUCUCUCCUAUUCUUUGAAGGACAAAAUUAUUUUUCAAGUGAAAUUUCAGCUGAGUUAAACCAAAUAUAAAAUAAUAUAUUUUGAUUUAAAAUGAUGUUAUUAUAAUUUUUAUGAAAAUAUGUAAAUGAUACAUUUUAUGUUUUAUAUAUAUCA